AUCAAGGAUUCGAUAUCCUGUAAUAAUGAAGUGAAUACCUACAAUUUUCAACUGUGACUCAAAAAAUCGCUGCAAGUUGAGAUAAUUCAUGCCAAAAUGCACUCGAGAAGGUGGUUUUGGCCCAACUUAAGCGGUAUAGAAGCAGAAAAAGUUCUGAUGGAAAGAGGAGUAGACUGUAGUUUCUUAGCUAGACCGAGUCUAAACAACCCAGGAGAUUUCACACUGUCUGUUAGACGGAAUGGUCAGGUAACCCACAUCAGAAUACAGAAUUCUGGGGACUUUCUCGACCUGUAUGGUGGUGAAAAAUUUGCCACUUUGUCAGAGCUCGUAGAGCAUUAUAUGGAGAACAGAGGACAGCUUAGGGAGAAAAAUGGCGAUGUGAUUGAACUGAAAUAUCCCCUUGUUUGCAUGGAUCCCACAACCGAGAGAUGGUUUCAUGGUAACUUAACGGGUAAAGACGCUGAAACUCUACUUGGAGAAAAAGGCAAAAGUGGAAGUUUUCUUGUGAGGGAGAGUCAAUCGAAAAUUGGAGAUUUUGUUUUAUCAGUUAGAAUCAAUGAUAUAGUAACUCAUAUCAAAAUAAGGUCUACAGCCGACAAUAGUUUUGAUGUUGGUGGUGGAGAAAAAUUCAGCAAUUUAACAGAUUUGAUCGACCAUUACAGGAAGAACCCGAUGGUGGAAACAUCGGGUCUUGUUGUGCAUUUAAAACACCCGUUUAAUGCAACAAAAAUAAAUGCUUCUGGUAUUUGCUCUAGAGUAAAGGAGCUUCAAAGGGAUAACGGAGCUUAUGAAGCAGGUUUCAGAGAAGAAUUUGAAUCACUACAACAGGAGGAAUCCAAAUUGCUGUACUCAAGGGAAGAAGGAACAAAACCUGAGAACAAGCAUAAGAACAAGUACAAAAAUAUACUGCCAUUUGACCAUACCCGAGUAAAACUGAAGAAUUUUUUUGAAUCGGACUAUAUCAAUGCAAACUAUGUGAAAUGGAAGAAUGACGAAUGUUCCGAAACAGCAGGAUGUAACAAAAUAUAUGAAAAUCUGGAAUCUAUAGGAAAAACCUAUAUAGCGACACAAGGAUGUCUACCAGUGACCUUGAGAGAUUUUUGGUACAUGGUGUGGCAGGAAAAAUGCCGUGUUAUUGUCAUGACGACCAAGGAGACAGAAAGGGGUAAGAAGAAAUGUGAAAAGUACUGGCCUAAUCAAGAUGAAACAGAAACUUACGGAGAGAUCAACGUUGAAAACACAGAAGAGACCAUUUAUCUUCAUUACACCUUGAGAAGACUGACAAUAACCAUUGGACAAAAUAGGAGAACCAUCUUUCAUUACCAUUUCCAAGCUUGGCCUGAUCAUGGAGUCCCCUCCGACCCUGGAAGUGUCUUGAACUUUCUGCAGGAGGUGAACAAACAGUAUGAGAAUAUAAAACUUGAACAAAUUGAGGGAAAACCUCCAGGUCCUGUACUAGUUCAUUGUUCGGCUGGUAUCGGUCGUACUGGUACCUUUAUCGUCAUAGACAUGAUCUUAGAUUACUUAAAAAGACAAGGACUCAAUAGUGAGAUAGAUAUACAGAAAACGGUCCAAAUGGUGAGGUCCCAAAGAUCUGGGAUGGUUCAAACUGAAGCUCAGUAUAAAUUCGUAUACUUAGCAGUGAAGCAUUACAUAGAAACUACCACAGAACGAAGGAAGGCAAACCAGAAAUCUCUAGAGAUUGGAAGAAACUACACAAACCUUUACGGUAACACCAAUUCCUUAACGACCAACCGAAGAAUGACUCUCAGCAAUUUACCAUCUGUGCCGCCAGUGACUGCAAGCUACAAUAGGGCUAGUUGGACUACUUUCUCGCCAAACUCCCCCGAAGACCUCAUCAAGUUUUUCGAUUACGAAAAUCUCACUAUGGGUCAGCAACAACCGAAUUUACCGCCUCUGCCACCAAGGAACUCAAGAAAACCCAACAGAGGUGAAUCAUGAUGUUAAGUGUUGGGUGAAAAAUUGAGCCCCGAUAAUCCACCUCAAAAUUGUGCCAAAACGAGUGAUAUACUCAUACAAAUUCAGCAGAAACGCUUCUAAUUGAAUUUUUAUUUUUAUAGCAUUUAUAACUAUUAUACGAAUUCAAUCAAUAAAUAUAUUUUUACUAAG